UAAUCAAUUUGUUUCAUUUAGGGCUUUGCUCCCGGAAGCAGUUAUCCUUAUCGCAAGGCAAACGAGCUUUAUCGUGAUUCGUGUGCUACACCCAAUUGAUCCUGAAAUAUACACCAACAGCUGGGUUUUGUUGGCCGGAUUUGAAUUUACAAUUGUAAUUGAGACCAUUUCUCAGUACUGGUUUUGAACAGUGUUGCAACCAGUAGAGACGAGCACUAUGGUGCUUCAGUUUAAGAUGUCAAUCCACACUGUACUGUCAUUGGUCAUCUGCUGCUAUGUACUCACCGGUACUACAGUGAUGAGUUGUCCAGCAUCAUGUUCGUGUGAUGGUGCACCUACUCACACUGUAGAUUGCGCCUCUCGCGGAUUAACAAUGGUGCCGGGUGGAAUACCGAAUACAACACUAUAUCUAUAUCUGAGCUCGAAUCGACUUGCAAGCCUACCUCCCGAUGUAUUUGCCAACCUAACACUCCUUCAGUAUCUAUAUUUGGGCGGUAAUCACAUCCAGAAUUUAAGUGAUGGUGUGUUCUCUGGUCUAACAAACCUCGAACAACUACGUUUGCACGAUAAUCAGAUCCAGAAUUUAAGUGACGGUGUGUUCUCUGAUCUACCAAACCUCGGAACACUACAUUUGCACGAUAAUCAGAUUCAGAAUUUAAGUGACGGUGUGUUCUCUGGUCUACCAAACCUCCGAACACUACAUUUGCACGAUAAUCAGAUUCAGAAUUUAAGUGACGGUGUGUUCUCUGUUCUACCAAACCUCCGAACACUACGUUUGGACUUAAAUCAGAUCCAGACUUUAAGUGAUGGUGUGUUCUCUGGUCUACCAAACCUCCAAAUACUAGAUUUGUUUAAUACUCAGAUCCAGACUUUAAGUGAUGGUGUGUUCUCUGGUCUAACAAACCUCCGAAGACUUUUAUUGAACAAUAAUCAGAUCCAGACUUUAAGUGAUGGUGUGUUCACUGGUCUACCAAACCUCCAAACACUACUUCUGUACUCGAAUCGACUUGCAAGCCUACCUCCCGAUGUAUUUGCCAACCUAACACUCCUUCAGUAUCUAGAUUUGUAUAAUAAUCAGAUCCAGACUUUAAGUGAUGGUGUGUUCUCUGGUCUAACAAACCUCAAAACACUAUUGUUUUACAGAAAUCCGAUCCAGACUUUAAGUGACGGUGUGUUCUCUGGUCUACCAAACCUCCGACUACUAUAUUUGUACAAAAAUCAGAUCCAGAAUUUAAGUGACGGUGUGUUCUCUGGUCUACCAAACCUCCAAAGCCUAUGGUUGAACAAUAAUCAGAUCCAGACUUUAAGUGACGGUGUGUUCUCUGGUCUACCAAACCUCCAAGCACUAUAUUUGGACAAUAAUCAGAUCCAGAAUUUUAAUGACGGUGUGUUCUCUGGUCUAACAAACCUCCGACUACUAUAUUUGUACAAUAAUCAGAUCCAGAAUUUAAGUGACGGUGUGUUCACUGGUCUGCCAAACCUCCAAACACUAUGGCUCAAUGAUAAUUCUCUGAUUCUAACGCCACGUCUCUAUGUCAUUUUAUACGGUAUCGGCAAAAUCUCCUCCAGCCCCUGUUAUGACUCCUGUGUUCGGGUUGAUUCAAUGGUUGAGGUGUACUUAAGCAAAGUGCCGUGCCGCGCCCAACUGCCAACACAUUUCCUGGAGACGUCCCACCCCGUAACGGACAAGGCCGGCGCAGCACAUUGUGGCCAGACAGCUGCAGACGUCAUUCUAGUGGUCGAUGAGUCCAGAAGCAUGGAGCCACACUACAAAGACAGACUCUGUCAGAUCGUGGGAAACCUAUCCGUGAGCCUUGAGGAGCAUGGCAUUGGUCUCUACCCUGGCAAGCCGAACCAGUAUACAGUUGUUGGCUUUGGCCAUUUGAAAGGAGAGACGGGGUCUGAUGGCCUCGCUGGACCACACGUUAUCCGCAGUAACACUGGUCGUCAGGUGUACGACCUCGCUGGUUUCCGGGAGGCAUGCGCUAAACUACGGAAUACAGGGUCUGUGGAGGACGGCUACCUUGCCAUUAAAUAUGCGCUGGAGAAUAUUACCUCUGAAGGAAGUACGUUACUCCGAUUGAAGCGCAACGACGUUGCGCCAAUCAUCAUCUUGGUAUCAGAUGAAGACAGGGAUAUCCAACUACAAGGGAAAGGAAUUACACGCAACUCCAUUAAGAAGUUGAUACGCAAGAGUGGAGCUACCCUCGAAGCCAUCGUGGACAACAGCAUCUGGUACAACAACCAGCGAGGCUUUGGAAUGGAUUCCAAAGGCACAUUGUACAUUGCUGAAAACACUACACACUACACAACAUCAAACAAACAGCAACACCGCCGCUACUUGGCUUUGCAUUACCGGAACACGCGCAAAGACUACUCUUCCGUUGCCCUGGAGCUGAAGGGCGCUGUGUGGGACUUGAACUCGAUACUGGAUAGUGAUGCGCUGUUUGCUUCACAUGUGAACGCAUUCGUUGAGAGUACUGUUACCCAUGUUGAGAACAGGGUGCAUAAGUGUUGCUCGUGCCAAUGUGCUCACGGACCGGAGCAUAGCUCUUUGCACUGCACGUAUGCAUCGUCUGUUCAGGAGUGCAAGCGUCCCUAACUCGCCAAUGGUUGUUACGGUGUAUCCCCUGUGUUGUUCUGAAAAAGGUGUUUUUGACCGUUUUUGUUCCGUGACAUUUCAUAUCCGUAUGCACAGUAACACAGCAGUUGUGGUAGCAGCAAGAGUUCAUAUGUAGUCUUGGUAGGAGUAGUAUUUUGAUAGGGAAGGCCCUACAGACGUUGUCGUCUUGUUACAGUUCAACACUUCACACAGUAUCUUCCCAUUUUGCAUGCAACCAAAUGCCAUGUUUGCACUCUCAUUCAGAUUCGCACUGUUCCGCAGUGCAGUACAUUUUCAUUUUGAUCCUGCCUUUCUGAGUACAGCUCUGUUGCGAAGCGAGUUAGUUUAAUUUUGCUAUUUUACAUGUUUUAGUUCUAAAGACUUUAUCAUGUUUCGGCACUGCAGCAAUUUGUAGCUUUCUCUUAGUCUAGACGUCUAUGCGGUAGAUAUUGUACUAUGAACUCUGUACGGCAAGUUCUGACACAUGCAAAGUUUGUAGCCUCAGACCCUCUAGGUUUACGCAGCCAUGCCAGAGCUCGCAUUUUUCCCAACUGCUGCAUACUGCUGUCCCAAAAUAAUGAAGUGCGCGUGCUCCGUACGAUGUUGCACUGCCACGUUCACUUAUCGUUUAAAUUCUCUUGCAGUCCGAGCAAAUAAAUCAGUUAUCAACUGAUCUCCUAACUGUGCACUUGCGGGCUUGUGCCGGUUAGUGACAUGGUGCCGAAACCUGCUUCCUAGUUCCUCGCCACUGCCCCAACCCAGCCUUGGUCCUGGUUGACUCGCCC